AUGACCAACAAGGUCCCCAAGCAGUCCGACAGCUGGGUCGGCUCGCGCGCCAUCAAGCACCUCGUCGUCGACACGGCCCCGCUCGUGACCGCCCCGGUCUCGUCGCUCCGCAACACGGCCGCCCACUACCUCGUCACGCCCGACGUCGUCCACGAGCUGCGCGACAAGCGCGGUCGCAACGUCCUCGACGAGGCCAAGCUCCAGCUCCCCGCCGACACGCUCGUCGACGGCCAGGACCCCGACGAGCUCCACCGUGCGAGGGAGGGCUUCGAGGUCCGGGAACCCUCUGCCGAGUCGGUCGCACGCAUCACCUCGUUCGCGCGCAAGACGGGCGACCUCGCCGUUCUCUCGUCGGCCGACAUCCGCGUCCUUGCCCUGUGCCUCACGAUCGAGCUCGAGGAGAACGGCACCUGGCGCGUACGCGAGUUCCCCGGCCAGCAGUUGACGGGCCCGCCCAAGGAGGACAAGAAGGACGAGGCGGUCGCGACCGCGACUGGUGCGGCCGGCGAGAACAAGGAGGGGGGCCCUGUCGAGGGCGAGGCGCAGACGGAGGACAAGGGCAAGGGCAAGGAGGAGGACGAGGCGGCGGCGGCGACCGGCGUCGACGAGCUCGCCGGCGAGGUCGAGGCGCUCAAGGUCGAUGAGCCGGCGAGCCAGGACGAGCCCGCGCCCGCGAGCGAUGCACCCGCACCCGCACCUUCCACUUCAUCCUCCUCGCCCGCACCCGCACCCGCACCUGCACCCUCAUCCGCACCCGCAUCUUCCACCGCCGCCGCCUCGACCUCGAACGGCGCCGACGACGCCGACGACGCCGGCGACGUCUCUGACGCCGAGUCGGACUCGUCGGCGGGUUCGUGGAUCACGCCCGACAACGUGCACGACCACCAGGUGCGCGACCUCGGCCUGUUCGAGUCGGCCGAGGCCCAAGCGGCGUCGGCGCACGCGUCGACGAGCAAGGCGCCGCAGCCGCCCAAGCCCAAGACGAUCAUGAAGGCGGCCGUCUUGACGGGCGACUUUGCGAUGCAGAACGUGGCGCUCCAGAUGGGCCUCAACGUGCUCGGCAGCGGCGGCAAGAGGGUGCGCGAGGUCCGGACCUGGGUCUUGCGGUGCCACGCCUGCUUCAAGCUGUGCAAGAACCCCGACAAGCGCUUCUGCCCCUCGUGCGGCGGCGCGACCCUCCUGCGCACCUCGAUCACCUACGUCCCCGUGUCGCCCCAGCACCCGCAGGGCUACAUCCUCCACCUCAAGGCCAACUUCAACUACCGCCUGCGCGGGACCCAGUUCAGCAUGGCCAACCCCAAGAUGGGCAAGGCCGGCGGGGGCGUCAACGCCGAGAUGGUCGUGCGCGAGGACCAGAAGGAGUGGGUCCGCGGCGUCAAGUCGGCCGAGAUCCGGCGCGACAAGGAGCAGCGCGCGCUGCAGAAGAGCGUCCUCGAGGACGAGAAGCGCGGCAAGCGGUCGGGCCCGGCCGGCAGCAGCGCCGGCUGGUUCGCCGAGGCGGGCUCGCUCGAGGCGCAGAUGCUCGGGAUCGGCGGCGGCAAGGGCGGCGUCGACAACCCCAAGGGCAGGAGGCGCGGCGGCAAGAACGGCGCAGGCGGCGAGGUCCGGUUGGACAAGAUGGGCCUGCCCAUCAUCGGCAGCGGGCGGCGCAACCCGAACGAGGCGCGGCGGAGAAAGUAGAGGCGCCCCUCGCUCUUUGCGUCUCUCUCAUCGGCGUCUCUACGGUCCUCUCCUCCCUGUUCCUCUCCUCUCCUCGGUGCUGUACUGCCACAUAGCCCUCCCUCUCGCCCUCGGCUCUUCCCUCGCGUUGUACUCGUGUACCUGUCUUGCAUCGCCGCACUUUCUUCGCCGC